GUUAUGGAUCUGUACUAUAACAUCCUAUCACCGCCAUCGCGUGCCACGCUGCUGCUCGGUGAAGCGCUGCAGCUCAAGUUCAACCUCAUCAGUCUCGAUGUGCACCGGAAGGAUUACGUGAACGCUGAGUUUAAGAAGAUCAACCCACAGCACACGGUCCCCACGCUGGUGGUGGAGGACGGUGUGGCCAUUUGUGAACCGGGUGCCAUCUUGAUCUAUUUGGCCGAACGCUUCGCCACAGGCUCCAGUGGUCUCUAUCCACCGGCCGAUCCGUUGCGCCGGGCCAUCGUUAACCAGCGGCUUCUGUUCGAGUGUGGUACGCUGUACAAGUGCAUCUUCCUGUACUACACGCCGGUCGUCCUGGAGCGUGCCUCACCGGUGGAAGCCGAUCGCCAGAAGCUAGAGGAAGCCGUAUCCGUUUUGGAUGGGUUUCUGCGCGACAGUGCUUUCGUGGCCGGAAAAGGUUUAACGAUCGCAGAUUAUUCGCUCGUCUGCACAGUAUCGAUGCUGGUGGUGCUGAAGUUCGAUCUCGCGCGUUACGAGCAUCUGCGGCGGUGGUAUGAACGGUGCAAAGGCGUGAUCACUGGGUACAACGAGCUUACUCAGCGUGCUAUCACCAUGUUCCAGACCUGGGUGGAAGAGGAAUCCACUAACCGAUAG